AAGAUGCAAUGUGUUGAAUAGGGAAUGUGGCUUCACUGAAAAGAGUGGAGAAUAUAAUGCCGAUUGCAACUGGUCAUGAGCGCGAAGAGCUCCAAGCUGAACUCGAAGGAAAAAACAUUCUGGAAAUUAACUAUCCCUCUGGACCUUUUGGAAGAAAGGAGUCACCUUCUGUGAUCAAGUCUUUCUAUGAUAAAAGAAUUGUGGGAUGCCCUGGAGCUGAAGGGGAGGAUGAACACGAUGUUGUCUGGUUUUGGCUAGAGAAAGGCAAGCCACAUGAAUGCCCAGUAUGUUCACAGUACUUUGUGUUGGAUGUCGUAGGCCCGGGUGGACCCCCUGAUGGACUUGGUGAAGAUGAGGAUCAUCAUCACUGAUUAUAAUUGGCAAUUUACCUGCUAAAAUAUAAUCUGGGCACGUGAUGAGAGAUUAUACACUUCAGCUCAUGGACUCAAAAGCUUUGAUUUUUUGCUUGCCGUUGUUAGCUCUGUUGUUUUAUGGUUGCUAUGGCAGCAGCAGAAUCUGUUAACCUUUCUCGAUGGUAUUUUGGAUUUUAAACACAGGCUCAAACUUCUAGCCUUCUUUUUUUCUGCAUACCAAAAUAAUUGAUGACUACCUCCCAUUCUUUGUAAUCACUCUUGCCUAUCAGCGAACACAUGGAUCUUCGUACAUUCUUGUUCUUAAAUUCGUUCUUAUUUAUCACCGGUGAAACAUAUUCGUUCUA